ACAUAUGACCCAACUAUAGAAGAUUCAUAUCGAAAACAAGUGGUCAUUGAUGACCAUCCUUGUGUUCUAGAAGUAUUAGAUACUGCUGGACAAGUAUAUUUUGACGAAUAUCUUAUCAGUUAUAAUAAAGAAUGUUUAUCAUGCUGGGAGAUGCUUCUUAGGUCCGAUAGACAAAAAUUAACUUAUAAAAUUAUUAAGUCUAAAGAAUAUGCGGCUCUACGCAAUCAAUGGAUUAGAGAUGGUGAAGGCUUCCUACUCGUAUAUUCUAUUUCUUCUAGAUCAACGUUUGAACGAGUAGAACGAUUUCAUGAUCAAAUUAUACGUGUUAAAGACAUUGACUUUAUUCCACUUAUGCUUGUUGGUAAUAAGUGUGACAAAAUAACUGAACGUGAAGUUUCAAGAGAAGAGGGAAUGAAUAUGGCAAGAAGACUGAGAUGUGAUUUUAUAGAAAGCUCUGCAAAAACAUGUGUAAACGUGGAAAG